ACUGGUGGUGUGGAAAAUGUUCAACCUCUGCUGAAGAAGAAGGUGAAAGAACUGGACAACACCGAGCUGAACAUCGCCGUGACGGGAGACACGGGUGCAGGAAAAUCCACCCUCAUCGACGCCAUGAGAGGCCUUCGUAAACAAGAUGAGGGAGCGGCUGCGGUUGGGACCACGGAAACUACAAUGGAGCCAACCGUAUACCCACAUCCCACUCUGCCCAAUAUCCGCUACUGGGACCUGCCAGGGAUCGGAUCUACACGAUUCACCGCGGGUUCCUACCUGAAGGAAAUGCAAUUUAAAAAAUACGAUUUCUUCAUCAUAGUGUCAGCUGGUCGAUUCAGAGAGAAUGAUGCAAAUCUUGCCAAGGAGAUUAAGCGGCUGGGGAAGGAGUUCUAUUUUGUCCGCUCUAAGAUUGACGCUGACCUUUAUUCAAUGCGGGAGGAAGGGGGGGAAUUUGAUGAAGAAGCAGAAAUGGGAAAGAUCCGGAGUGACUGCGUCAGUAAAUUGGGAAUGGCCGGGAUCCCAAAUCCCACCGUGUUCCUGAUAUCCAUUUUUGGCAAUGAUAAGUAUGAUUUCCCUCGGUUAAUGGAAGCACUUGAAUGUGAUUUACCAAGAAUAAAGGAAUCUGUCUUUGUCCUGGCCCAUCCCAACGAUAGUGCGGAGAUUAUUCGGAAGAAAGGUGAGGUGUUGAAGGAACGUAUCUGGAUGUUGACGUUCCUCGCCUGGGGAGUGGGAGUGAUCCCGGUCCCGGUUCUCUCUGGCACCUGCAACAUUGGGAUAAUGAUUGGAGCCAUACCCUGUUUCCGUGAAUACCUGUGUCUGGAUGAUGCUGCUCUCCGCAGAUUGGCCGACAGAACAGGCACAUCCGUGGAAGCUCUGAAAGCCGAAGCAGGAUCACCCUCUCUGGGAGAAAUAAUUUCAAAAGUGAUAGUCAGCCAAUAUUUGGGUGUGCCCCUCAUUGUCAAAGUAAUUGGUUUAAUUUUCGGACCCGGGUUAUCAUUCCUGAUGGUCUUCAUGACACUGAGUGACGUGCUGAAGCUUCUGAUGGAGACCGCAGAGAAGAAGCUCGCUGUUGCCAAAGGCGCCGAGUAA